AUGGAGAAUUUCCAGCUCAAGGAGGAGAUCCUCCGCAAAGCGUGCAGCACUGAAAAGGUACUGCUGGAGGGCUCCGAAAUCCAACUGUAUCCGGAUUUGUCCCCGGCCACCCUGGCAUACCAGAGAGCCAUGAGACCCCUUACCAGGCAGCUGCAAACAGCUAGCAUCCGGUACCGAUGGUGCUUCCCCACGGGCCCCCAAAUCGCAACACCCAAAGGACCCUUCAUGGUCACAGGAGAAGAGGACCUGGAGACACUCCAAAGAGAGCUGCACUUGACACCUGAGAAGCUCACUUGGCCGAAUCCGUUGAAUUUCUAUACCGCUGGUCCUAGGCCGCAAGGGCUGGGCCCAAACCCCAAAGAAUGCGAAACCGACGCAUGCAAACGAUACGACUCGCGGGGACGCCUAACUAAUCCGCACAUCUCUCUUGCCGACCCCCGGAACACAAAACCGGGACCCUUACCGCGAGUAGACUGA